CGGUGGAUAUUGGAUAAGUAGUAGAAGGGGGAACACGGGCAGCAAUCUGCGGAUCAAAUAUCAAUUGAAAAGCGAGCUCCCAAUACUUCCAGAUACGUUAACGUCUCACUAGAUUGCAAGCUCACGUUACCGAGCUCGAUGCGAGCUGUCCUAACCGCAAGAACUUGGUUAUUUUAUCGAUGUGGGACAGUAACGAACACUGAACUGAAGUCAAUUCUCUAGGUUUAAAAAUUCCCGUCGGAAAUUUCGUUGUGGGUCCCUCAAGGACCAGCGGCGCUGCGCUGUAUCUAUCUGCCCUCUGAGGCCAACCACGGUGUCGUCUUCUUCUUGUUUCAAGUUAUUCUUUCACUUUCUCAUUUCUUUGUCUUUCCUCUGUUCUUCCGAUCCCCAUUUUCCAUGGCGUCUUCAAGCGCCGGAAACUCAAUCCCUGCGCCAGAGGCUGUUCAGGUUAUCGUCUCGUUGCUCGCGGACGAAUCCCCGGUCGUCAGAGAGGCCUCCUCCGCUUCUCUCAAGGACAUCGCCGCCUUGAACCCGCUUCUAGUGCUCGACUGUUGCUGGGCCGUGUCGCGAGGGGGACGCCGGCGCUUCGGAAACAUGGCCGGGGUGUUUCGAGUGAUGGCAUUCGGAGUUCGAGCGUUGGAUAAGAAAGACGUAGAUCCUCUUUUCAUGGUCAAGCUGGCUAAGAUUGCCACGGCCGAGAUGAUCUCCUCCAAGGAGCUAAAUGCUGACUGGCAAAGAGCUGCAGCAGGCCUACUUGUUUCAAUAGGCUCACAUUUGCCCGACUUAAUGAUGGAAGAAAUAUUUCUUCAUUUGUCAGGGUCAAAUCCAGCUCUACCAGCUAUGGUUCAAAUACUUGCAGAUUUUGCUGCUGCUGAUGUGUUGCAGUUCACUCCACGAUUGAAAGGUGUACUUUCACGAGUUCUGCCUAUUCUUGGAAAUGUGAGAGAUGCCCACCGGCCAAUUUUUGCAAAUGCAUUCAAGUGCUGGUGUCAGGCUGUAUGGCAAUAUAGUGUGGACUUUCCUUCGUAUACACCUCUCGGUGGUGAUGUCAUGUCAUUUCUGAAUUCUGCUUUUGAGCUUUUAUUGAGAGUUUGGGCAGCUUCGCGGGAAAUAAAGGUGCGCAUAUCUUCUGUGGAGGCCUUAGGUCAGAUGGUUGGCCUUGUCACCCGUACGCAAUUAAAGGCAGCUUUACCCAGACUUGUCCCUACAAUUUUGGAAUUAUAUAAAAAAGAUCAAGAUAUUGCCUUCCUGGCAACGUGUAGUCUCCACAAUCUCUUAAAUGCCUCUUUGCUGUCAGAAAGUGGUCCUCCUUUGCUUGAUUUUGAGGACCUCACAGUUAUUCUAUCAACACUUCUCCCAGUGGUUUGCAUAAAUGGCGAUAGCAAAGAGCAUUCAGAUUUCUCAGUGGCUCUGAAGACAUAUAAUGAGGUCCAGCGCUGCUUUCUGACGGUUGGCUUAGUAUAUCCAGAGGAUUUAUUCAUGUUCCUUCUGAAUAAAUGCAGGUUGAAGGAAGAACCUUUGACGUUUGGUGCACUUAGUGUUUUAAAGCAUCUAUUGCCCAGGUUGUCUGAAGCAUGGCACAGUAAAAGGCCUUUACUUGUUGAAGCUGUAAAUUUUUUGCUAGAUGAACAAAAUUUAGGUGUACAAAAGGCGCUUGCAGAGUUGAUCGUGGUUAUGGCUUUGCAUUGUUACUUGGUUGGUCCAUCUGGGGAGUUGUUUGUUGAAUAUCUUGUGCGGCAUUGUUCUCUACCAGAUCAAGAUAGAAACGAGCUUCAGAGCUCCAAGGAAGUCUUUGGGUCUAGCGGCACAAAUAUUCCUUUCCAGUACAAGAGAUCAGAGGUGAAAAUUGGGGCAGUUCGUCCUACAGAGUUGAGAGCUAUCUGUGAAAAGGGUCUUCUUUUGUUGACAAUCACAAUUCCUGAAAUGGAGCAUAUUCUUUGGCCUUUUCUGUUGAAGAUGAUUAUUCCACGGGAUUAUACUGGAGCAGCUGCCACGGUUUGCAGAUGUAUUUCAGAAUUGUGCAGGCAUAGAUCUUCUAAUAGCGAUACUAUGCUUAGUGAGUGUAAAGCUCGCUCCGAUAUACCAAAUCCCGAGGAGCUUUUUGCUCGCUUUGUGGUGCGUUUGCAUGAUCCUUUGGCAAGGGAGCAGCUGGCAACUCAGAUUUUGACGGUCCUUUGUUUUCUGGCUCCUCUCUUCCCAAAAAAUAUCAACAUGUUUUGGCAAGAUGAGAUUCCGAAAAUGAAGGCAUAUGUUAGUGACACGGAAGACCUAAAGCAGGAUUCUUCCUAUCAAGAGACUUGGGAUGACAUGAUAAUAAAUUUUCUUACAGAAUCUUUGGAUGUAAUUCAAGACACCAACUGGGUGAUAUCUCUGGGAAAUGCAUUCACCAAACAAUAUGAGCUUUAUACUUCUGAUGAUGAACAUUCUGCACUUCUGCACCGGUGCUUGGGUGUGCUUCUUCAAAAGGUCAAUGACAGGGCUUAUGUUCGUGAUAAGAUAGAUUGGAUGUAUAAACAAGCUAACAUUGCAAUUCCAAUGAAUAGGCUCGGUUUGGCCAAAGCCAUGGGAUUGGUUGCAGCAUCCCACUUGGAUACUGUGCUAGACAAACUGAAAGAUAUUCUAGAUAAUGUUGAGCAAAGUAUCUUUCAAAGGUUCCUAUCUUUUUUCUCCGAUAGCUUUAAAACAGAAGAGUCAGAUGAUAUACAUGCUGCUUUGGCUCUAAUGUAUGGAUACGCUGCAAAGUAUGCUCCAUCAACAGUUAUCGAAGCCAGGAUAGAUGCACUUAUUGGGACUAAUAUGCUUUCACGGCUUCUUCAUGUUCGUAAUCCUACAGCAAAGCAGGCUGUUAUCACUGCCAUUGAUUUACUAGGUCGUGCUGUCAUUAAUGCUGCGGAUAAUGGUGCAUCAUUUCCUUUGAAAAGAAGGGACCAAAUGCUUGAUUAUACAUUGACCUUAAUGGGCCGAGAGGAUCAAGAUGACAAUGAAGGCUUUGUUGAUUCCAAUCUUGAACUUCUCCACACUCAGGCCCUUGCUUUAAGUGCCUGCACCACCUUGGUUUCUGUGGAGCCAAAACUAACUAUUGAAACACGAAACCUUGUGAUGAAGGCCACCUUAGGGUUCUUUGCUUUGCCAAAUGAUCCGGGAGAUGUUGUCAAUCCCCUUAUUGACAACCUUAUCACUCUUUUGUGUGCAAUUCUUCUAACAAGUGGAGAAGAUGGGAGAAGUCGGGCAGAGCAACUAUUACAUAUGUUGAGACAAAUUGAUCAAUAUGUUUCUUCACCUAUGGAGUAUCAAAGGAGAAGAGGCUGUCGUGCAGUGUAUGAGAUGCUUUUCAAGUUUAGGAUGGUUUGCAUCAGUGGAUAUUGUACGCUGGGCUGCCAUGGAAGUUGCACACAUGGCAAGCAAGUUGACCGUGCUAUACAUGGGAAUUUUUCCAACUUACCAUCGGCAUUUGUAUUGCCAAGUCGUGAAGCGUUGUAUUUGGGGGAUAGGGUUGUCAUGUAUCUUCCACGUUGUGCAGAUACUGAUUCUGAAGUUCGAAAAGUUUCUGCACUGAUCCUUGAUCAACUCUUCAGCAUCUCUCUUUCACUUCCAAGGCCUGCAGCUUCUAAUUUUGGUAUGGAUAUGGAAAUGUCCUAUGGUGCUUUGUCCUCCCUUGAGGAUGUUAUAGCCAUCUUGAAGAGUGAUACAUCUAUUGAUCCAUCAGAGGUUUUCAACAGAAUUAUUUCCUCUGUCUGUAUUUUAUUAACAAAGGAUGAGCUUGUUGCUACCCUGUAUGGUUGCACAUCAGCUAUAUGUGAUAAGAUCAAGCAGUCAGCUGAAGGGGUUAUACAAGCUAUCAUUGAAUUUGUUACAAAGAGGGGAAAUGAGCUGAGUGAAAGUGAUAUUUCAAGGACCACCCAAUCUUUGCUCUCUGCUACAGUUACUGUAACUGAGAAGCAUUUACGCCUGGAAAUUCUUGGUGCUAUUUCAUCUCUAGCUGAGAACACUAGUUCACAAAUUGUUUUUAAUGAAGUAUUGGCUGCUGCUGGAAGGGAUAUAGUGACAAAGGACAUAUCUAGAUUACGCGGUGGCUGGUCAAUGCAGGAUGCAUUUUAUGCAUUUUCCCAGCAUUCAGUGCUUUCACCUUUGUUCCUGGAGCAUGUGAUAUUUGUUCUUAGCCAGACUCCAAUUAUUAAAGGUGAUUCAAGGAAAGGAGAGAACUCUGGCCAUCUUGUUGAUGGUCAGAUAGAAAAUGACAUUCUGCAAGCUGCUAUUUUUUCUCUCACUGCAUUUUUCAGAGGUGGUGGUAAAGUCGGAAAGAAAGCUGUUGAACAAAAGUAUGCUUCCGUUCUUGCAGAACUUACUCUCCAAUUGGGUAGUUGUCAUGGUCUAGCUAGCACUGGUCAGCAUGAACCACUACGGGCUCUUCUAACUGCAUUUCAGUCAUUCUGUGAAUGUGUUGGAGACCUUGAAAUGGGAAAGAUUUUAGCCAGAGAUGGAGAGCAAAAUGAAAAUGAGAGGUGGAUCAAUCUUAUUGGAGACAUAGCUGGCUGCAUUUCUAUAAAGAGACCGAAAGAGGUUGAAAGUAUUUGUAUCAUUUUGAGUAAAUCCCUAAAUCGACAGCAAAGAUACCAAAGGCAAGCUGCAGCUGCUGCAUUGUCAGAAUUUGUUCGUUAUAGUGGUGGAUUUGGUGCCCUAUUGGAGGAGAUGGUGGAGGUGUUGUGUCGACAUGUAUCAGAUGACACUCCAACUGUUAGACGCCUGUGUUUGAGAGGACUAGUACAGAUUCCAUCUAUUAAUAUUCUGCAGUAUACAUCUCAAGUGCUGGGUGUAAUAUUAGCUUUACUCGACGAUUUAGAUGAACUUGUGCAGUUAACUGCAGUGUCAUGCUUGCUAAAGAUACUUGAGUCAUCACCCAGUGAUGCAGCAGUGGAACCCAUUUUGCUUAAUCUUUCUUUACGGCUCCGCAAUCUUCAAAUAUGCAUGAACACAAAGAUGCGAGCCAAUGCUUUUGCAGCAUUUGGAGCAUUAAGCAACUAUGGAUUUGGGGCACAGCAUGAGGCAUUUCUUGAACAGGUACAUGCUGCCAUCCCCCGAUUGGUUCUGCAUCUUCAUGAUGAUGACAUUAAUGUCCGUCAGGCAUGCCGGAAUACUUUUAAACGGAUUUCGCCCCUGUUGGAAACACAAGGAUUGGUUUCCAUGUUUAACACACAUUGUUUCAAUUCUGAUCACCGAGGUGACUAUGAGGACUUUGUCAGAGAUCUUACAAAGCAACUUACUCAACAUCUUACCUCCAGAGUUGAUACUUACAUGGCAUCAACAAUACAGGCUUUUGAUGCACCGUGGCCAAUAAUUCAGGCAAAUGCUGUUUACUUCUCCAGUAGCAUGCUCUCUCUUUCAGAUGAUCAGCCCAUUUUAUCUCGUUACUAUACACAGGUGUUUGGGAUUUUGGUAGGGAAACUGAGCCGCUCUGCAGAUGCAAUUGUUAGAGCGACAAGCUCUUCGGCCCUGGGUUUGUUACUAAAAUCCUCCAAUCCACUCUCAUGGAGAGUAGAUCGACUUGAUCGCACUGACUCUAGUCGAAGGGCUCACGAUUCAGAGUCUCCUAAGAAAUAGCAACAAAUAAACGUGGAUGAAAAUGAAUGUGUUGACUUGUGAGCUUUGAGACCUGUCCCCAUUUUCGUUACAAAAGUGAUUGACUCGGUUCUCGUUGGUGACAAAAGAGUUAUGAGAAAUUGCAAUGAACAAGGGAAAGUGAGGAUUGCAACUGAAGCACAUUAGGCAAUUUCUGGAGCUCUGUAUCUACGUUCAUAAAAAUGUACAUUUCUCUGUAGUGUAUCUAUAGUGAGCCUAAGUCGUUUGUUGAAAGCUUGUAACUGCAGUUUUGUACACUAAUAUUUUGUGCCAAAGGUCCUGUUUGAAUUUUAGGUUUGUUGGAGAUGUAACAAUAGUGUAAAGUUGCAUAUGACAUGAGAAAGGCUCGCCGAUACCACAUAUCCAUUUUCUCCAUGAGAAAUAAUAUUGUAGAUCUUUUUCCUAUC